AUGAUCGAGGAGGAAUUACCCCUUUUUCGUGCUAAACUUCCAGGCCUUCAUACUGCUGGUGCAACGGGGCCUGGUGUUGGUCCAGGAUCUUAUGAUAUAAGUGAGAAGUCUCCAAUAUCAAAUCAUGGAAUGGCACCUUUUGGAUCAACCGGUAAUAGGUUUUUUUCGUCUCAAUCCGUUGUGACACCAGGGGCAGGGACUUAUAAUGUUGUUACAGAAAAUCGAAGAAAAGGAGAUGUUACAGUUGUUCCUUUUUGUUCUGCAGUGGAUAGGUUUUUUGGUCCUAAAGCUGAUGAUGUUCCUGGACCAGGAACAUACUCACAUGAUGGAAAUCGUUGGGGUACUGUUGGUCGAUCUCAUACUCUUGGAUUAUCAAGUCUUAAUGGUCCAGCUGAAGUAAGUAAUACAGGUCCAGGUUCAUAUAAUCCAAACUAUAAUGCUGCUAAACGUGCAAAUCCACGAGUUGCAAAGUUUACAGGCUACAGUGCACGUGAUUCUCCUCGUUUUAACGAUAUACCAGGUCCUGGUCAUUAUGAUAUUCCUUCUUCAACUGGAACACUAUAUAGUAAAAAACCAACUUCUUGUUUUGCUACUAAAACUGUUCGAUCAACAAUUGGAAAUAAAAGUAUAACACCUGGACCAGGUGCUUAUGAUUUGCAAUCUUCUUUUCAAUCUUUGCCACAAUAUCGAGCUAUUAAUCCCGAAAUUUUUUCUGCUUUUGGUUCUUCAGCAAAUCGUUAUGCACCCCUUUCACAUGAUGGAGGUCCUGGUCCUGGUGCUUAUACUGGAGAAAUUGCACCACGACGACCACAUAUGAUGUUUAAAGGAAAAGGAACCUCUUCCUUUCUUUCAGGAACAGAUCGUGACACACAAUCUUCAGGAUCUAAUCUUGGUCCAGGAAUUUACGAAGGAGAAAAACCUGCCAAACAUAAGAAAUACAUGUUAUCUACUAUUCCCUUUCGUUCUAGUUCUCCACGUUUUCCUUUUUCGAAAUCUGCUGAGAUAAGUGAAAUAUAUGAACCUCGUCGUAAUGUGGUACGUGUACCUCGUCGAAUUCACCCUGUACGGUUACGAGAUGAAAUAUUUGAUACUACACCAAGGAGUCCUUCAAAUAUUUCACCAGAUCGCGUAUAUGAUGUAAAAUACGAGUGGACUAAGCCAACAUGUACGAGCAAAGCAUAUUUGGGAACUGCACCUCGUUUCACAAAAUCAGAUGUCAAUGCCUCAUUUCCAGGACCAGGACAGUAUGAAACCGAUAAAACCUCUUUCGGUGGGGGACGAUCCCCAAAUGGUACUUUUGGUAAUGAUGGAAGAUUUAAGAAUGUGGCUGGAGGUACCCCUGGUCCAGGAUAUUAUUGGUAUGAUAGUACUUUAUUAAAGAAGACACUUAAUUGUACUAUUGGAUCUUCAGAAGACAUGUAG